AUGGGGAAACAAAGGAGAGCAGCUAUACUUCCAACCAACAUCAUAUUGUUACAAAAUGUGGUUAGAAGAGAUCCAGAGUCUUAUCAUGAAGAGUUUUUACAACAAUUAUCGCAUUAUGAAUCUUUAAGAGAUUUGUACUUGGAGAAUCCCACGGGAGCUGAUUCAAAUUCAACUACUGAGUUUAUUGAACUAAUUGGUUUCCUCUCAGCCGUUUGCAAUUGCUAUCCUAAAGAAACAAAGAACUUUCCUGAAGAAUUGAAAACUAUCUUGCUUGACAACCAUCGUGAUUUGGCUCCUGAGUUGAGAGAAAAGAUUAUACAAUGUUUGACAAUGUUGAGGAAUAAGGAUAUCAUAACUGCAGAAAGCUUGAUCCAAACCAUUUUUCCAUUAUUGACAGCAUACGCAUCAGGACAGGCCCAAGCUGGACAACAUGUAAAACAAAUGAGGCGUCAGAUUUAUUCAACCUUGAUUUCGCUAUUAAAAUCAGUAAACACUGGAGCUAAGAACCAACGACUAAACAGAUCUACACAGGCUUUGCUUUUCAAUUUGCUCGAGCAAAAGGAUACACAAGGUUUAUGGGCAACUAAAUUGACUAGAGAGUUAUGGAGAAGGGGUAUUUGGGAUGAUUCGAGAGCAGUUGAGAUCAUGACACAAGCAGCAUUGCAUCCUGAUGUUAAAGUUGCCAUUGCUGGUGCAAGGUUCUUUCUUGGUGCAGAUAAAGAAAGAGAAGAAAACUUUGAGGACUCCAGUGAUGAAGAAGGUUUCGACAUGGGUGCAUUAAAGCAUAAGAUGGAGGUGAACAAGAAAUCAUCUAAAAGAGGAAAGAAGUUGGAACAGGCUGUGAAGCAAAUGAAAAAGAAAAAUAGCAUUAAGCAUUCAGCCACCUAUUUAAACUUUUCAGCUAUUCAUCUAUUACGUGAUCCUCAAGGUUUUGCCGAACAAUUGUUUGAUAAUCACUUGAGUUCUAAAAAUUCAAAUAAGUUUGAUUUAGAUCAAAAGAUUUUGUUCAUGAACUUGGUUUCAAGGUUGAUUGGUACACACAAGUUGAUUGUCUUGGGUAUUUAUUCCUUCUUCUUGAAAUAUCUCACGCCAAAGCAAAGAAAUGUGACACAAAUUAUGGCAGCAUCAGCCCAAGCUUCACAUGACUUGGUUCCUCCAGAAAGUAUUGAAUUAGUGGUUCGUAAAAUUGCUGAUGAGUUUGUUAGUGAUGGAGUUGCAGCUGAAGUAGCAUCCGCAGGUAUCAAUACCAUUAGAGAAAUACUAUCGCGUGCUCCAUUAGCAAUUGAAGCACCUUUGUUGCAAGAUUUGACGGAAUACAAAGGUUCAAAAUCGAAAGCGGUCAUGAUGGCUGCAAGAUCAUUGAUAUCAUUGUACAGAGAAGUUGCACCGGAAAUGUUGUCCAGAAAGGAUAGAGGUAAAGUUGCCAGUAUGGAAUUACAAAGAGGAGAAAAGAGCAAGUCCAAACCGCAAUAUGGGAUUGAAAAUAACGUUACAUCUAUCCCUGGGUUAGAAUUGUUGGCCAAAUGGAAACAAGAACACGGACAAACAAAUGCCGAUGGUGAAGAGGAAGAUGCUAAUUGGGAAGUGGAUGAUGAAGAGGAUGGAAGUGAUGUUGAAGGAGAAUGGAUCCUGGUUGAAUCUGAUAAGGAAAUUGACAUUUCUGAUAGUGAGGAUGAGAAUAAUGAUAAGAAGGAGGAUGUUUCGGAUUUAGAAUUGUCAUCUGACGAAGAGGAGGAGGAAGAUGCAACGGAAGAAGGUGACGAUGAAAGGCCGAAAAAGAAAGCCAAGCUCGAAAGUAGUUCUAAUGAUGCAAACAAUGACUCUACUAUGAAUGAAAUCCUUUCAAGUCGAAUCCUCACACCAGCUGAUUUUGCCAAAUUGGAGGAAUUAAGGACUGAAGCUGGUGUUGCCAAGUUGAUGGGUAUCACCAACGAAGAUGCGGUGGAUUCUACUUCAUUAGUGGGUAAAGUCAAAUACAAGCAAUUGAGAGAAGAAAGAAUUGCACAGGCCAAGGAAGGAAAAGAAGACCGUGGAAAGUUUGGUUCUAGAAAGGGUAAGCGUGAUGCACCUCACUCUACUACUAAUAAAGAAAAAGCCAGAAAGAAGAACUUUGUUAUGAUGAUCCAUAAAAAGGCAGUUCAAGGAAAGCAAAAAUUGUCCCUACGUGAUAGACAAAAGGUAUUAAGAGCCCAUAUCGACAAGCAAAAGAUGAAGAAAAAGUAA